AUGGCCGGAAGAGAAGAUCAUCGCAUCUUUAUCGGAGGUCUGUCUCGAUUUACCACUCAGAGGAUUCUUGAGGAUGCUUUCAGCCGAUACGGGAGGAUCAUCCAAUCUUUGGUGAUGGCGGACAAGGUAACUGGUCAACCACGUGGAUAUGGGUUUAUAUCGUUUGGAAGUCGUAGAGCAAUGGAAGAUUCUAUAAGGGAAAUGAACGGUAGGGAAUUGAAUGGUCUAGUUAUUACAGUGAGAAAGGCACAUGAUCGCAAUAGUGGUGGUUAUAUGGAAGAAAGGUUAGUUGGUCAUAGAGGUGGUGGUGGGGGCAGUUACAGCGAUAGUUAUAGAGGAGGAGGAGACAGACAUGGGUCUGGUAGUAGUAGUAUUAGUAUCGACUGUUCCAAGUGUGGGCGUCACGGCCAUAACUCUAGCCAAUGCUCCUAUGCUGGCGGUGGAGGAAGUGGUGGUGAUAGACAUAGAUACGAUUCUUACUCGGACAGGGGUGAUCGUUUUGAAGAUCAAAGUCGUGAUAGGUAUGUUGAUAGGGAGGAUUUGGGUUUCGGUUUGGGUUUGGGUUUGGGCGGCGGUGGAAGUGGAAGUGGAAGUGGUGAUGGAUAUAGAAGUGGCGGCAGACAGGAGGAUCGACAUGAAAGAGGAAAUAGGUACAGGGAGAGGCCGGGGCCUUAUGACCGUUCUGGAAGGGUUGGAGGAGAUAGGGACAGGGAAUGGAACAUGAGGGACAGGGAAUGGGACAGGGACAGAGACAAGAACAGGGACAGGCCAGCUCCUUAUUAUGACCGUUAA